GCUGAGGAGCAGCGGGCUGUGGCGCCAAAUUCAAAACAAAUCCUGGACAAACCUGAAUUAAAGCAGAGUAUAAAUGUUACUGACUGUGUAACUUGUAGCUUUUUACUGUGAAAAUUGGCAAUGCACUCUGGCCCAUCUGCACUAAAUACAACCAACUUGGAUGAGUCCACCUCCAGUUCUGAUGCAGCAGAUGUUUUAAUACGCUCAACUAAGGUGGCUUUGGAGCAGGACAGACAGACAGACGAGCAUAAAGGCAUGGAGUCAGCGUUAUCCUGCCGCAGUAAUGUUAAUAUUCAUGUCAGGAGACUGUCAGAUUCUGCGCAUAGUCCAUGUUUGUUUGAAACCUCUGAACAAGGAAUAACAAAGCAAGUGGUUCCACCUGUACUUCAUGUAAAUUUAUCUACAGGAUCAGAAAAGCAACAUCAUAUGAAAUCCGAUCAAGAUCUUGGGUUUUCCAGGAGAAGUGAUGUUUCUAGAGGAGGCAGAAAUGAAGUCAAAACACCAGGUAUCCGAACACUGGACAGUAAACAAAAAGAUCAAGAUGUGUUCAUAUCGAGAUACUCUGGUCACGGGAGAGGUGCUGUUGCUGCUGCGCUAAAGCAGAGAUCUCACAGUGUAGCAGCAAGACGAGAGGUGAAGGUUCAUUUGCUGGAUUCAGGGCUUUCACAGAGCAGCCAAUUGCAAGUUCCUGAUGUGCAGCCGAACACUGCUUCACUAUCAGGAGACGCUGGCACUGCUACAAAUGUGGCAGCUAUUACAGCUGCUGCCAUUGCUGCCACAGCUCCACUGAUUAAGGCUCAAAGUGAGAUAGAGGCUCGAGUGGCUCAGGUGGCAUCUGAGUUACGGCGCCUCCAGGAGGCUGAGGGCAGAAUGAACAGAGCAUCAGAAAGCAGGUUGGGAGGUGCCCCAGACAGAGUGGCACAGCUGGAGGAGCAGCUGACUGUGCUGACCCAGCAGAGACUUCAGCAUCUGGAAAGAAUCCAAGGCCAGCAACUUGAUCUGCAGAAUCGUCUCCUGGGGUCUGCACUGAAUGUUGUGACAUCACACAGCAACCCACCGAGACAAUCCACACUUCAUGGCGACUCCAUUCCGACUGAGUCUGUACAGAAACCAGGUGUUAAGCUCACUGUUGUGGACAAAGCUGCUGGAGAUGCUGGUUCUACAGGUGUUCAAGAACAGAGGAAAGAUACACCAAGAGGAAGAGAAAAAUGUCCACUGGAGACACCAGCACCCCGUAGAGUCAUUCCCAAGCCCACCUGUUGGAAUUGUACAGCCCACAGCAGCCAGCAGAGCAGCACCAAGGCACACAAAGCUCCCAAGAAAUACCACGGAAAUGGCAGGCUCUGGGACCAGAUCUCUAACAACCAGAAAUCUACAAGAUGGCCAGCACGGUCCGAUGGAGUAAAGAGGGUUGCCAUAGCAACAGUCAAUGACAGCCAACCAGAGCAUUUCAGAGAAAACCCUGAAGAAAUCUCCAGCGUUCCCACUGGAAGGGGUAAAGCAGAGAGCCCAGCUGGAUUGUCUACUGAACUCGCCAGCAAGCAGCAUAGCCAAGGAAGCCUAAAGGAUGGACCAACGUCUCUGACCAAUGGGUCUCCAGACAGCUUGAGCUCAGCUGUGCAUCAGGCUAAUGCAAUGCUGCAGGAUCUGAGCAGACUUAAAGAUGAAAUGAAAACCUUGAUCCAGACUGCUGAUGCGUUUCCUGUAAGGCGUGCCGAGCCGAGCCACUUCACACCCCCCGAACCUGUCUCUGCUCCAUCGCCACCCCCGGUCUCCAUGCCAUCAAAGCAGGGUGAUGAGGCUGUUUCCAAGGCUAUUCCUCAGUCCACACAUAACACUCUUCAGAAGACACAUCCACCUGCCUCCAUGUUUGAGGAUGCAGAGCACGUCCUGAGGCAGGUCCGACAUAACCGGCAGGUUCUGGAGGAAAACCUGCAGACCAUUUUGAGAGCCAAGGAUGGAGAGGUGCUUCAUAUACAAUUAGAAGCACUGGCUAACAACAGGGACAUCAGUAAGGAGCUGAGAAUAAAGAAGACCGUUGAUGCUUGGAUAAACACACUGAGCAAGGAGAUUCAGGCUGAGCUGGCUGAACAGGCCUCCACUGUUCAGACAAAGACUGUGGAGAGAGAUAGCGUAGUAGCAGGCAGCUCAGCGCAGCAGGACCUGAGCAGCAGGAACCGGAGCACAGCUGGGAAAGAGCAAAAAGGAGCCAGUGCAGCAGCAAAAAGAAAGCCUUCUCAAAAAGACUCCAGUAGACGUCAGACACUGAGCACACAGGCAGCCAGCCAGAAGCUUGUGCCAUCUUUCAGAAGCAGCACUGAGCAGAACCCACAGGCGUCGGUAGUUUUGAAGUCUGAGGAUGAUGAGGCUUACCUGGCGAAGGUUUACGGGAAGGCUCUGUAUGAGGGCCAACGACGUACAAUGAAGAAAGGCCCUUACCUCAGAUUCGGCUCUCCCACACCAAAGUCCAAAGUUCAGCGUCCUAAAGUGAUUGAGAGUGUUAAAGGUGUAAAGGUUAAGUCCUGCAAGACCCAGACCUAUGAUUCUGCUGGAUGUGCUGCGACCUCACUGCAGCAGCCUUCAGUUUCUAAACCUCAGUAUCUGUUCAGUCCUAGUGACCCUGUCCUGCAGCAGCAGCAGCAGCAGCCAGGUCUCCCAUUACAGGGUUACCUCAUCCCCAUGGCUAUACCUCUGGGUAAGCCCAGAGUUGACAGCCAGGCUCCUUUGCCCUCCCGGGUCAUCAUUAGUGACAAGCCUGCGAUCGUGACAACUUCAUACCCUUCAGCCCCAUAUUCUGCCACAAAAAUUACUCCUGGCAUCCGUAAACCCAACACUGUUCUGCUGGAAGUGCACUGUGAGCAGGAGCGACCGGCCCCAAACCUCCAAAUACAGGUUCAGCCCAGCGUGAACAUUGACAGUAUAACAGCCCCGGGCUCGUCUCCUCCUCCAUCUCCAUCCACAUCUCCCGUCCUUCCUCCUGCAUCCUUUCAGACUGGAGCAGAUGCCCACACACUCAAUGAAGUGGUUGAGGACAAUGCCCUUCCUGGAACCAGUUUCUUGGAGGCGACAGACACUAACCAGGAGCCUGAAUUAGAAGAAGAAUUUCCUGCUGCUCUUAUAGAGCUGAAUGGGGUGCCGUCACCUCCAGCCACUCUUUAUCAUGGCCCUGCAUUUCCAACACAGCCAAAACACCCUGAACCCCUGACCCAGCCUGUCCUUAAUACCAUCCAGCAGAGAGAGACCCUGGAGAACAGGCUCGUUGACUGGGUGGAGCAGCAGCUCAUGGCACGAGUGAUCAACGGGAUGUUGCCUCAGCCACUCCAGACUGAUCCAGCAAACGAAUCAGAACCAGAGAACAGUGUGACCUCAGAUAUAGUGGAGGCGGCAGGAGGUGGAGGCCUGCAGCUGUUUGUGGACGCUGGGACGCCAGUGGACUCUGAGCUCAUCAGGCAGUGUGUGAAUGAGGUGCUGGCUGACAUCAUCGCUGUAACGCUGGGUCAGAGAGAGGCGCCAAGAGAGAAUUCUGCUCCAGUCCCAAAACAGAUUACACAUACUCAGGAGGAGAGUCCAGUGCCGACGCCAGUGCCCACUCCCGAGCCCAGUGAGAAAGGGAGUCCUCUAGCACAGAGAGAGGCGCCGUCUCCGGUCAGCACUCCUGAUAUCUCAGAGCAUCCGUCUCCCGCUCAGUCACCCAGAGACGCUCAGCCUGCACAACCUCAGCUGCCAACUCUUCCAGAACCAGAGAAAGAUCCAGUGGAAACACCUAUAUCCACCCCUCUUUCAUCCCCCGUUCGGAUAGUGACACCAGAGCCGACAAGCCUGCACAACAACCCGUGGGGAGAUGCUGAACUUCCUCUUAAUGAGGAGAAACCACACAGUGAGGAAGAGGUGCAGCAACCACUACCAGUUGUAUUCUCAGUAGCCUGUGUGGAGGAGGAGGAGGAAGAGGAAGUGGCAGCCAUCUCUCCAGUUCCAUCCAAAACACAGAACCCACCAACUGGUGCGGAAGAGUCUAAACCUCUUCCUCCUGAGUCUCCGUCUGGGAGGGAAAGCAGCACUCAGUCCAGCUCCACCAUCACAGAGACGGAGACAGCAGCCAGACACAUCUCUGAGGGAGAACUGCUUCUCAGCUGCGGCCAGAUGGCUGCAGUCAGAGCUUUGGAAGAAGAGGGCUUCACUCUGCCCAACAUGAUGAUGAGUUUUAACAGUUCACUUCAUGGAGUCCAAGAUAUGGACUAUGACCCACCUAGUGAGGGUGAGGUGAUUAGAAGAGGUCUUGUCCCUGCCCAUCGUGACCCAAUCCUCUCCCUGCUGGCCAGGAUGGAACAGAGUCCAGUCAGCCAAAUACAGCAACCAGAGAGAUGGUGGGAUGAGGACAGCAGUGGCGAGCUAAGCGAGGGACAGCGGCCAGUUCUGACUGAAGCACAGGAGAGAGUGGUGGUUGGACAUUCUCGCAUCCUGCAGCAUCUGUCCAACCAGCCCACUGUAGAACCAUCAUCUUACACUGAUUUGAGUUCGCCUGGGCAAAUACCCACUAAACACACAGGUGUGAGCAGUGCAGUGGUUAAUGAGGCUGGGCUGUCAAUAAAAUCCCGACUGCCGGAGGAACGAACAGAGACUUCACGUGUUCUUCACUCAUUUACUGCAUCUCCCUCUCAGCCGGGAGAGUCUGCACCACAACAGGCUGAGGAGACUCCACAGUUAAUAGACAGAGCAGCUCCAAUACUGGUGAAGCAAUAUCAAGACAUAAAGCCAGCAUUCCUCCACCAGAGAAGGUCCUCAGAUGACACAGAUGCAUUCUUUGACAUGGAUAAAGGAUCUGAAGUUCCCACCCACGCUGGAGGAAACUUGAGUCAGAUGUCAGUCCAAUUGCUUCCUGUCCAAAACGAUGGUCAGUCUCUCUCUCUCAGCACUAUAGAAGGAGAUUCAGACUCAGUCAGUGAUGUGUUCUAGUGUCUGUGGAGCUGUGCUUCAUCUUUGCAGAUUUUAGUGGACAAGACCCAGGUAAAUCUUGGUCUACCUGGCGGAUGAGGUGAAUUAUUUAUAAAGGAAUCAGAUUGUCUUGUGGUUAGAAUGAGUGAUUUUAUUGUUAAUUGUAGUGCCUUAUCAGCUUAAAUUAGUGAAAUCAACAUUGUCUACCUGAAUGUAGGGUUUUAUACAUUUAGACAGGUUUAACUGUGUGCUAAUAGACUAUUCAUGAAUUGUAAACACUGAAUUCAGGGAGUAUAUGUGUUGUUUUGCCUGA